AAAAUCAAAUAGACAUCUUACUCGUGGAAGGUUAUUUAUAUCUACGGAAUAUUUCUUCUAUUUAAUUUCAUAUAUUUCGCUUUUCUGCUAAUUUCUGAAAAAUAAUAAGGAAUGGUCACAUCCAGAAAAUAAAAUCUCAAAAAAUGUAUGGUGUAGAAAUGGCUCACAUUGAAGUACGAUAAGGCUUCAGUAAUAGGCACAAAAAACUGAUUUUCAAGGCCUGUCAUUUUCGUGUUAUUUACGAUGAUAAAGGAUGUAGAUUUGAUUCACUUACUAGACCAGAUUCUGCGAACUCAUUUUAGUCUUAUUUUCUGUUAACUUAUGAACUUGUAUUUGUGAACUUACUCCUAUUUGCGUAUUAAGUUUUUCGUCUUAACUGCCUGAUGCAAUUCUUCCCUGCCAACCAGCAGCUCACAGGCGUGAUUCCUUAAUGUUGGUACAAAAAUCUCUUCUUUGAAGUUAAAUGAUUUCGUUGGAUUGCAGGUGAAGUAACACUGUACCCAAUGGACAUUGAUUCCAAUCCCCCCAGCGGAAAUACGACGCCCGAGAUCCCGAGGUCUGCUCAAGUCGGUCAACUGCCGGAGAAGCCGUCGGAGGAAGUGAAAACGCUGGCGGAAGCAGAAAUUGAAGUCAGCGUUCUUCGUUUGUCGGUAGAUUACGAGGACGACGAUGUGCCGAAGAAACCGACGGGCAAACCGCAGAAGCGUAUGCUGCCGGCGGCGCCCGUGGCGGCGGAGGCGGUGGUGCGCUGCGUGUGCUGGGUGCUGGCGCAGCGGCUGGUGCGGCGGCGCCUGGAGAAGGCCGUGGGGGCGUCGCAGCGCUGGCUCUUCGCAAACGUGUGCUCGCGCCGCACCAGGCUCGCGCUCAUAGGAGUCGCUUCCAUGUUGUGGGGAACGCUCGUCAGCACAGUGUCAAUCUGUGCCCUCUUCGUCAUCAUUGCUGGAAAUCUCGAGCCUGUGGUCGACGAGGCCGCUCAACUGGGCGAGUGGAGCGUCGCCGUCGCCACAACAGCGGCCGCGACUUUCCUGGCGCUUCAUGUGGCCCACGUGCUCUUUGGGGCGUUCCUCAUCGCAGCCAGUAAGGUAACAGGAUAUCGAGCUCCUGAAGGGAAUACGAAGCUGAUGGAAAAACUCCUGCUGGCCGUGUUUAAGCUAAUGAAGAUAGAGCUAACAGCGCCCCCGCCUACGGCGUGCCAGCACGACCCGCGUUCCCCCUCGUCCCCGCCGUCCAAUUCGUUUUCGCCCCACGGAUUCGUCUCUUCGGACGACGAGAUCGGAAAAGACGAUCGAGACAGAAGCCCUCGACCAAGUGGUAGUAAACAGGAGCCAUGCAGACCAUCUCAUGCAGAGGCGCCUCCGACUCUUCCCACGCAUUUCUCCCACGGGCACAUUGGCUGGGUGCGACCGGGAGAGGGAGGUAAUGGAAAUGAGGGCCGUAAGUGGCCAGAACUUCCAGGGAAUUGGAGAGCUCCAGACUUCAGCACUACUGUUUCAAAUCUCCCUUAUCCUACGCCAUGUAACUCCAAUGCAAGUAGUACCUCUCUGACAGAACCAGGUCAUCCACCAUAUCCUGUGCCCAAUCACCUCCCCUACCCCGAAUCAAAUUUCCACCCCAAUAUCCCAAGAGACCUUCCUUAUCCUGGACCCAGUGUUGUUCCAUACUCUGUACCGCCGUCUUCUUCUGGCGUAGGGCAAUCCAUGGGUUUCCAGACACCCCCGGGUGGAUUUAACCAAACGUCGUCUGUGGAAGUCGCGAACUACUCGUUGAAAGUUAGGAUUUUGAAAUGCCAGACCCCAGGUGGACGGGGCAGCCCCGUGGCGGCGGCGGGGGAGGAGGACGGGGAGGAGUGGGCGGGGCCGUCGCCCGUGCCGCGCCUGCUCCUGCCGUGGCUGUGCGCGGCGUGGGUGACCCUCGGUGCCUACGCUCUCAUCGCCACAGGGCUCGCUGCCGUCGGGCGCGGCGAGGCGGCGGCGUCCGUGGGCGCCCUCCAGCUGCCCGCUGCUGCAUGUGUGGUGGACGUUUUUGCAGAACUGCGUGGUGUCCCAGAGUCUUGUGGUUGCAAGGAAGUUCGCUCAUCUUCCAAAGGCAAAAAGGACAAAAAUGAAGAAAAAGUAAAAUCGCGCUGUAUGUCUUCUCCUCCUCGUCGUAAUUCAGAGCCAGUCUACGACGAAACGUCACCGCUGCUACAUUAAAUCUUAUUCUUAGAAAUUGGGUAGUACAUGCAAUGUCUUUUAUUGAUAAGAAAAUGAAGCAAACUUAUGUAAAACACGUAUCUAACUGAUGGAAACUAAAGUUUAAGAAAAGUAAAAAUGUAUUUGUUUCAAUGUUUUUAACCUUGUAUUUUAAAAAGAGCGUAUGAAUUAAAAAUUAAAUUGUCUGUACAAAUUAUAUUUAAAUUAAAAAUAUAUUAACUUUCAUUGAUU